GGAACGUAUAAGUCUUAAUACACAAUACGAUUCCUAUAUUUUUUCUACACAUUUGUAGUCGCGUUCAAUUUAGAUUUUGUUUGAAAUUUCCGCAAGUAUUGGAAGUCUGGCAACUACGUGAACAUUGCCUUGCAACAGAUUACAUCGGGACAUUCGAAAUGGGCAACGUGCUAGCGGCUUCCUCCGGCGCCCCAGCCAGUGGCGCCUCAAAUUUGGGCCUCGGCCUCCCGGAACCGGCUCCCUUGCCCUCCGAUUCCGGCUCCCCGUCCGGAUCCUCUUCGUCUGCCGGAGGCUCGGAUUCGCUUGCCGCCGCCAAGGAUGCUCCGCUGGAGAAUCCCGGCACCGUUGAGGAGCUACACAAAAAGUGCAAAGACAUUCAGGCCAUCACCUUCGAGGGCGCCAAGAUCAUGCUGAACAAAGGGCUGAGCAACCACUUCCAGGUGUCGCACACCAUCAACAUGAGCAAUGUGGUGCCCAGUGGAUAUCGCUUCGGUGCCACCUAUGUGGGCACCAAGCAGUACAGCCCCACAGAGGCCUUCCCUGUGCUCCUGGGCGACAUCGAUCCGUCGGGCAACCUCAACGCCAACGUUAUCCAUCAGUUCUCCGCCCGUCUGCGCUGCAAAUUCGCCUCGCAGAUCCAGGACUCCAAGAUGGUGGCCACACAGCUGACGACCGACUAUCGCGGUAAUGAUUACACCGCCUCGCUGACAGUGGCCAAUCCCAGUAUAUUCACCAACUCCGGCGUGGUCGUUGGCCAGUAUCUGCAGUCAGUCACUCCAGCCCUCGCCCUGGGCGCCGAACUGGCCUACCAGUUCGGUCCGAAUGUCCCCGGCCGUCAGAUAGCCAUUGUGUCCGCCGUGGGCCGCUAUACGGCUGGUAAUUCGGUGUGGUCGGGUACACUGGGACAGAGCGGUCUGCACGUGUGCUACUACCAGAAGGCCAGCGACCAGCUGCAGAUUGGUGCCGAGGUGGAGACGAGCCUGCGCAUGCAGGAGUCGGUGGCCACGCUUGCCUAUCAGAUCGAUCUGCCCAAGGCGGAUCUGGUCUUCAGAGGCGGUAUUGAUUCCAACUGGCAAAUCUUUGGAGUUUUGGAGAAGCGUCUGGCUCCAUUGCCAUUCACACUAGCCCUGAGCGGACGCAUGAACCACGUCAAGAACAACUUUAGACUCGGAUGCGGGCUGAUGAUCGGCUAAGCCGGAUCCUUGGACAGCCAUAUCCUACUUCAGCCUCAGACCCCAAGCACACACCCAUCCAUCCAUUGUAACUUUUUUCACAUCAUCCGCUAACAACAGCAACAACUACAACAAAAAAAAAAAAAAAAAACAGCAAGAACAACAACUAAACAAUGAGAUAUAAAUCAGCUAA